CAGAGCCUGGAGUGGGGCAGCGGGAAGGCCAGGCCCCCAGGCCCAAACUCAACCCUCGAACCCCCUCCUCAGAUCUACUGGAGUCCUCCUCAUUCGGACCGCAUCCCUUCAGACGACCCCAGGCCAGCUUCUUCCCUUCCUCUACCCCCACCCGGGGGUAACCCCGAGCCCUGCAGCUCACCGCGCUCGGGCACUGCUCUCUCCGCCACGCCUGUCAAAGGUCGGCAAACAUCCGGCUCCGCGGUAGAACGGGAACCGCCCCCUCCCCGUCUCCACCUUCCCCAACCACUUCCGCCACACCUCCAACCCAUUUCCGACCCAUUGCCUGGUCCAAACGUGGCCUUUCCACGAGCCCCGCCCACUUCCUGCAGGCGCCCGCCUAAGUGCCCGCCUCCGGGAUUACAGCAUAACUGUCCGAGUCGUCUCUUCCAACAGGAGGUGGUUGAAAAAAUUAGUUCCACUUUCCCUGAUACUCGAAUCUCUUAUAUAUCUCCGGAAUCUUACGUCCUAUUCUCCUCGGACAGAGUUUUGCUUCAUAAAUAUUCCCAAACUCCCAAUCCUGUGCACCAAUGAGGCUCGACUCUUAGGAUUCUUUCUUGAGAGGAAAUUCGGGAAUCAAUGACUGUUUCCGGGUGGACCUGAGAAGACAACGAUCACUUCCGGUGACUUGAGGCUGACUGACCCGGGAUGGAGGAGGCAGAGGAGCUACUCCUGGAGGGAAAGAAAGCGCGGCUCGCCCCCGAGCCGCGCCCGGGCCCAGACUCAGGAUGGAGCCCUUCGGGAGACGGCUGUGCUCAGGCCCUCCAGGACUUCCGGCCGGAGCCGGCCCGAGCCAUCCUCGCUCUAAAGAACCUCCCCCGGGGCCUGGCCCUUGGCCCCUCACUCGCUAAAGAGCAGCGCUUGGGGAUCUGGUGUGUCGGGGAGCCCCUGCAGCCUGGACUGCAGUGGGGACCACUGGAAGAAAGGCUUGUCUCUGAGGAGAAGGGCAAGCAAGUGGACACGCGGCAUAAGGAGGACCUGUCACUAGGCCCAUGGCAAGACAUUUGUGCCUGUGAGCAGAGUUCAGGCUGGACCAGUUUGGUGCAGCAGGGCAGGCGGGAGAGUGAGGGAAACGUGGCCCCGGUGCGGAUCGGCAAGAGGCUUCACCUGCAGGUAUACAGGGUCGUGCUGCCAGGCGCUGAGCUGCUGCUGUGGCCCUGGCCUCCCUCUGAUGACCCGAGCCCCACCCAGCCCAGGCUAGAGGAAGAGGGAGCUAUGGCUAUGGUGACAGAAGUGGAGUCUGCUGUGCAGCAGGAAGGGGCCUCUCCUGAGGAGGACGCAGCAGAGCCCUGCACAGAUGUCAGUCGCCAUUGGCUCCUCAGCUUCCAGGCAGAGAGUACAGUGAGCCCUGGACUUAAGCCCCAAGCCCAGGACCACCUUUCCAUGGGUGGCCAAGCACUUGGAGCAUUGCUUCAUGAUGGCAGUGCGAACAAGGAGAACCCACCCCAGACACAGAUGCCACCUGAACCUCAGAGCUGCCUGGCUAUGCAGCAGGGCCCAGAGAGCAGUGAAACCAGUUCUUCAUCCUCUUCCAGCGGCACCCAACUCCGUGCCUACAUGGCCAAGAAGUUCUGUAGCCCUAGUGAUCAAAGCCCACCCAGAGCAAAGACCUCAGAGCACAGGGACCAGCAGGCCAAAGAGCCCCAGCAUUCUAGCUUCCCUGCACCCUUGCGGAGCCCUCCUGCCCUGGCAAGCAGCUCCUCGAAGCAGGGGCGACGGUACCGGUGUGGGGAGUGUGGCAAGGCGUUCCUGCAGCUGUGCCACCUAAAGAAGCACGCGUUUGUGCACACGGGCCACAAGCCCUUCCUUUGCACCGAGUGUGGCAAGAGCUAUAGCUCUGAGGAGAGCUUCAAAGCCCACAUGCUGGGCCACCGUGGGGUACGACCCUUCCCCUGCUCACAGUGUGACAAGGCCUAUGGCACCCGGCGAGACCUCAAAGAGCACCAGGUGGUACAUUCCGGCGCCCGGCCCUUCGCUUGUGACCAGUGUGGCAAGGCCUUUGCCCGCCGGCCCUCCCUGCGGCUCCAUCGCAAGACCCACCAGAUGCCAGCUGCCCCUGCCCCGUGCCCGUGCCCUGUGUGCGGGCGGCCCCUAGCCAACCAGGGCUCCCUGAGGAACCACAUGCGGCUCCACACAGGGGAAAAGCCCUUCCUGUGUCCGCACUGUGGACGGGCAUUCCGCCAGCGGGGCAAUCUGCGCGGGCACUUGCGGCUGCACACAGGGGAGCGCCCUUACCACUGCCCGCACUGCGCGGAUGCCUUCCCGCAGCUGCCUGAGCUGCGGCGCCACCUUAUCUCCCACACUGGGGAGGCCCACCUGUGCCCCGUGUGUGGGAAGGCCCUCCGAGACCCACACACGCUGCGUGCUCACGAGCGCCUGCACUCGGGAGAGAGGCCCUUCGUGUGCCCCCAGUGUGGCCGUGCUUACACACUGGCUACCAAGCUGCGACGUCACCUCAAAUGCCACCUGGCAGACAAGCCCUACCGCUGCCCCAUCUGUGGCAUGGGCUACACUCUCCCCCAAAGCCUCAAGCGGCAUCAGCUCAGUCACCAGCCUGAGGUGCCCUCUAGCCCACCCUCCGUGCCUCCUGCUGCUUCUGAACCCACCGUGGUGCUUUUGCAGGCUGAGCCUGAACUGCUGGAUACAUCCAGCGAACGGGCAGCCUCCCCAGCCCGAGACAUCAUUGAGGUCACCAUUUCCGAGAGCCAGAACAAGUGCCUUGUGGUGCCAGAGGAGCCAGGCCCCACCCACAGCCUGCUGCUCAUCCAUAAGGACAUGGGCUUUAGUGCCUGGGCAGAAGUGGUAGAGAUGGAGACAGGUACCUGACACUUCGCCUCCCCCUCACAGUGCUCUCUAUAAAGACUUCUUUUUCUGGCUGCUGA